ACAAGCUUUGAAAGCUUAAGGAACAAGUGCUUUUCUUUUUAAUGCUUGUGAUUCUCACUGGUAUUAUCUAAACUUGUUUUACAAGUUAACUCGUAAUUGACUGAAAUUUUUCAAGCUAGACCUAGAUGAAUCUGUAACAGGUUUAAAAGUUAGAAUUGGACCUAUUAGAUAGGCUUUCAAAAACAUAGGUCAAGUUGACUAUAAUUUUUAGAAAAAAUGAGUGACUUUUUCCUAACAGGCUGUUAUCUUCCAAAAUAUAUUCCUGAUUUAAUGUUGCUUUUAACAGUGAUCAGAGUGCUCAAGUCUUGUUGUCAGUCAGUUUCUACACUUGGGAAGAUGAUCCUUUUUAAUAAGCGGAUUUUAAUUAUAAGUAUAUUGGGAAACCUGUUUGGUGGAAUGAAAAAGUUCAGUUCUGGAAUGCUGAGGAUGGUUCGUGCUGUGCGUCCUAAAGUUCUUAUGAGGCUGUCGAAAACAAAGAAGCAUGUCAGCAGAGCCUAUGGUGGUUCAAUGUGUGCUAAGUGUGUCCGCGACAGGAUCAAGCGAGCUUUUCUUAUUGAGGAGCAGAAGAUCGUCGUGAAAGUGUUGAAGGCACAAGCACAGAGCCAAAAGUCCAAGUGAAUCUAUUUGUAUUUUCUGCCCAAUAAAUGAAAGUUCCACUUU